UUCUUUUUGGUGCUCGAUCGAGAAAGUUUCGCUCUCUCUCUCUCUCGCUCUCACCAACCAAGCUUUGAAAGUGGCCCAUGACUACCCCACUUUCGCUCUGGCCCGUCAGCUUCCCUGUUCCUUCUGGACUCGUGCUUUAUUUAUUAACCCAGCGCCCGCGAGUGCUUUGCCCCCUCUUAAAGCAACACUUUCCUCUUCCUCCCCCCUCCAUCUCCUCUGCUUCUCGGAUCCAGGAGAUCAAUCGGCUCAGAUCCCUGCUUUCUUGUCUCCAAGAGAUGGCUGCGACUGCUCAGGGAAGUGGCAGUGCAGCAUUACUCCUCACUGUCCUCGCGGCUCUUUACUGCUCGGUCCUGUCUGCUACCAUUCGCAUCGACUGGCGCCAAGGAGUCGACUACUCAAGCUGGUCGACAACGAACACCGUCCGCACCGGAGACACUGUCACUUUCAGCUGGGUCGGAAGCCACACCGCCGACGUAGUCUCGGAGGCCGACUGGAGGAGCUGCACGCCGAACUCUCUCCAAUCCGUCGCAAACGGUGGAGGACUCACGGUCGGCACUGGAACCACUUACGUGAUCUGCACAGUCGCUGGUCACUGUGCUGGAGGCAUGAAGGUGGCCAUCACUGCGGCGUCGACCCCUUCGACUCCCACUACACCUGCGCCUCCCACUACGCCGACUACUCCGACUACUCCGACGACUCCGACGACUCCGACGACUCCUACCACGCCUACAACUCCCACCAACGAGCCUUCUGCUGCAUCUGGACUACAAGUCGGCACCGCUCUCGUCGUCGCCUCGGUAGCGUUGCUCUUGUAAGAGUCGUCCACUCUCGUCCAUGUUUGUUUGUUUGUUCGUCGGAGUAGCAAUUCUUCUUUCGGAAGAUCCACCUGUUGUUUGCGAUUCUUCUUGAAUAGCAGAGAGAUCUGGGAUUUCUUUCCGCUUGAA